AUGUCAGGGAUUGCUGUUGGGGCCUUCGAGUGGAAUGUGGAGAUCUGCACUGGUGCCAUGUUCAUGAGGCUGGUCUUGGGGUUGAAUGUUUACCUGGCCACCAUAGUCUUGCUGACAAUUACUGGCGUUUAUUCCAUCACAGGUGGUUUUGCAGCUGUGGUUUACACUGAUACCUUACACGCUGGCGUUAUGGUUCUGGGGUCAGUCUUGCUUAUGGGCUUUGCCUUUAAGGAAGUGGGAGGAUACCAGGAGCUACUGCGUAAGUACGUAGAUGCUAAGCCAAGCAUAAUCCGUGAAGGAAACUGGACUGCCAAGCCAGAAUGCUACAUGCCUCACCUGGAUUCUUUCCAUAUCUUCCGAGACCCCAUCACUGGAGACCUCCCCUGGCCUGGAAUUGUCUUUGGUGUCUCCACCCUCUCCUUGUACUACCGGUGUGCCAAUCAGGUAUGA